GUGUACGAGCGCGACUCCGCCCCGCCGCGACGUCCGCGUGAGACGAACCAAGGAAACCCCAGUGCCGGACUGCCAAACUGCUGUCAGCUGUGGAAGGACCCCUUCACUGCACUCCAGACGAGCAGACACACGCAACGUCCAACCCGGAAGGCAGCAUGAACCGCUUUAAGAUCUCCAAAUUCAAAAACACCACUCCGAAAAUCGCCAAGAAGGAUGAAUGGAUCAAUAAUGUCCGUGCUGGAUCUUUUGGCUGCCAGGGGAACCACAUCAAGGCCAGCUCCAAGUUGGUGGCCUUUAACACCGAGCAGGCCGGGGGCGCCAUACUGGGCCUGUCAUCAGUGAGGCCUGCAGCAGAUGGCCAAUGGACGGUCACUAACAUCCCCUGUCAUUCCGAUUUGGUCUCCGACUUGGACUUUUCUCCUUUCGACGAGUGUCUCCUGGCAACGUGCUCCGCGGAUAAAACGGUGAAGCUGUGGCGUUUAUGCAACCCAGACCUGGAGCAGCCCACAGACCCGGAGCUCAUCCUUCACCCCGGCCAGGGCAGGCUGGAGCUGGUGCUUUUCCACCCGACCUCUUCGGGUUUGCUGGCCGUUGGUUCCACCAAGGGUGUGCUUAUUUGGGACACAAACCGCCAGGAGGCUCCUUUAGCUGUUCUGGAGGAGCACGCUGACCAGCUGCAGAGUCUGAGCUGGAAACCGGACGGUUCCCUGCUGGCUUCCACGUGCAAGGACAAGAUGCUGCGAGUGUUUGACCCUAGGGCCCAGCUGAAACCAGUUCAGAGCGCCACCUGCCUUCAGAACAACAAGGAUUCCCGCACCCUGUGGGCCAAAGAUGACCUCCUGUUUACCACCGGCUUUGAUAGGAUGCGUAGCGGAGAGGUGAAGCUCUGGGACAGCAGGAAGUUGUCGUCUUCAUUGAGCUCCGUUACCAUUGGCACAUCCAGUGGGACACUGAUUCCUCUCUUUGAUGGCGAUACCGGUCUGCUGGUGCUGGCUGCCAUGGGCUACACUGCGGCUGAUUGUUUCGAAGUAUCCACCUCGGAGCCCUUCCUCACUCAAGUAAGCCACUGUCUGACCGACUCGUCAACACGCGGCGUCGCCACGGUACCCAAGCUGGCGUUGGACGUCAUGUCUUGCGAAGUGAUGCGUGUGCUCCAGCUGACGGACAACUGCAUCAUACCCAUCAGCUAUCAAGUCCCUCGCAAGAGUUCAGGCCAUGACUUCCACGCUGACCUUUACCCUGACACGGCGGGUGUGACCCCGGCAAUGACCGCCGAGGAGUGGUGGGAGGGAGGAAGCAAGCAGGUGCAAAGAGUCAGCCUCCAUCCAGACAAACAGCCCAAAGCCAAGGCGACGGCAGCCAAUCAGAAGCCUGCAAAGAAGGACCUCAUCAGUGGAGACACCAAGGAGGGGACUCGUGGUUGUUCCACCUCCAGCAGUCCUCUGAGCUCCCCCAGCACCAGUGCCGCCGCAUCCCGCUCGCCGUCCUCCACCUCGGGCCUCUCCUCUGGCUUCCUCCCCUCACCAAGUCCCAGCCAGGGGGCCAAAGCUAUCCAGAACUUCCUGGGACUCAGCUCCAAGUUCCGUCACAUCCAGGGUGCAGUGGCACAUCGGGACACGCACAUCACCAACAUACGAGACCUCAACCUGACCACGCCGGGCGAGUGCGACGGCUUCUGUGUCAACCGCCAGCGCGCUGCGGUGCCCCUCGGCAUAUCCGGUGGACAGGUCGCCAUCUUCGAGCGCCGUCAGCCCGGAAGACUGCCCGACUCGUCCCUGCCCACCGUCCAGAACUCCGUCAACGUGGUGGACCUUUGCUGGGACCCUUUUGACGUGGACCGACUCGCCGUGGCUGGUGACGAUGCAAAGAUCCGAGUGUGGAAAAUACCACCAGGCGGCCUCAAAGAGACGCUGACCGAGCCCGAGCUCAUCUUGCAAGGUCACACGGAGAAAAUCUACUCCAUCAAGUUCCACCCUAUGGCCAGCGGUCUGUUGGUGUCUUCAUCCUAUGACCUCACCCUCAGACUGUGGAACAUGGAGGAUGGGGAGCAGGUGAAGCUCCUCACUGGACACCAGGAUCAGGUGUUCUGCAUGGCUUGGAGCCUGGAUGGCAAGCUGCUGGCGACCGUGUGCAAAGAUGGGAAAAUUCGCAUCUACGACCCCCGCAAGUCCACUGCCCCUGUGCAGGAGGCUCCAGGUCCCGAGGGCCACAGAGGAGCUCGUGUGGUGUGGGUGUGUCAGGGCAAGUACCUGCUGGUGUCUGGAUUUGACAGCUGCAGUGAGAGAGUCCUCUACUUGUACUCUGCCGCCUCCCUGUCCUCCGGAGUGGUGGCCAGCGUCUCCUUGGACGUCUCCCCCUCAACGCUGAUCCCUUUUUACGACCCCGACACCAAUGUGGUCCUCCUCACUGGGAAAGGGGACACCAGGGUGGUGGUCUAUGAGGUCCUGCCUGAAGAGCCUUACUUCCUGGAGUGCUGCAGUUUUAACAGUCCUGAGCCGCAUAAGGGUUUGGCCUUCCUGCAAAAGUCUGAGUGCAACGUGCGUGAAGUGGAGAUAGCUGCAGCGCUGAUGCUGACCAAGACCUCCUUGGAGCCUGUGGUCUUCAAGGUUCCACGGGUCAAGAAAGAGUUUUUCCAGGAUGAUGUGUACCCAGACACGUCCGUGUGCUGGGAACCGGCACUGACCGCCUCGGCCUGGCUGGGCAACAUUGACGCGGAGCACAGAAAGAUCAGCCUCAGGCCUGCCGACAUGACGCCCGUGAGCGAAGCCCCCAAAGAGGCCCCAGUGAGGAAGUACAUGCCCUCUUCUUUCUACCUGGAGGAGAAGACUGAUGAACAGAAGAAAGAGGAGCUCCUGGUUGCCAUGGUCGCCAAGCUGGGAAACAUGGAUGACCCGUUACCGCAGGAGUCCUUCGAGGGGGUCGAUGAGGACGAGUGGGAUGAUUAAAAGUGGAGAGGGGCCCAAUGUAAAGUCGUGUACGUGCUAACACCCACACACUGUAUCACUCCAAGGAAUCUGCACCAUUCAAAAUGGUCAUUGAAUCACUCUGCUGUCUUUAGAUAUGGAUUGUUCAAGUCUUAAAUGUGCAACAAAACAUUCAGGGAUUAACAAAAAAAACCAAUAACUUCUUUAAAAUGUGCGGGUGCCACAUCAUUAGGUACACAAUCCAAGAUGGUGCCACAUCAUUAGGUACACCAUCCAAGAUGUUUACUAUUCCGGAUGUGUCUUUAUUGUUAUACUGCUUGCUUUUUCCUAACACUCUUAUUAUGUAAGCACAAUCUAUGAAACAUGUUUUUAUGCAUUGCUUGAUGAGCAAGUCAAGGAUACAACAGGGUUCAUAUUUGGCUGAACUGGAAUUUUUUUUUAUUAUUAUUAAACAGUAUAGUUUUUCGAAGGUAUUUCAAUUCUAUUGCUGUUGUAUUUGUACCAUUUAUAUAUUUUCUACAUUGGGGGAUCUUCAUUAACUGUAGUUUGGCUUGAGAGGACCUUUUUAACGGGACCACUUCUUUACUCAACAUUUAGUGUACUUUCUUUGUGGGAUCUUUUUUACAUGGGUAUUUCUUGAUAUGCAACCACACGGUAAAUUGACAGUGUUAGUACAAAACCCAAAACCAGUGAAUCGUGAACAAAAAAAGAAUGCAAUGAUUAGCAAAUCCUUUUCAACUUAUAUUCAAUUGAAUAGACUGCAAAGACAAGAUAUUUCAUGUUCGAACUGAGGAACUAAUUUUUUAAUUUUUUUUGCAAAUAAUCAUUAACUUAGAAUUUAAUGGCAGCAACACAUUGCAAAAAAGUUGGCACAGGGGCAUUUUUACCACUGUGUUACAUGGCCUUUCCUUUUAACACCUCUCAGUAAACGUUUUGGAACUGAGGAGACCAAUUUUUGAAGCUUUUCAGGUGGAAUUAUUUCCCAUUCUUGCUUGAUGUACAGCUUAAGUUGUUCAACGGUCCGGGGGUCUCCGUUGUGGUAUUUUAGGCUUCAUAAUGCGCCACACAUUUUCAAUGGGAGACCGGUCUGGACUACAGGCAGGCCAGUCUAGUACCAGCACUCUUUUAAGAUGAAGCCACGCCGUUGUAGCACGUGCAGAAUGUGGCUUGGCAUUGUCUUGCUGAAAUAAGCAGGGGCGUCCAUGAUAAUGUUGCUUGUAUGUAACCUGUAUGUACCUUUCAGCAUUAAUGGUGCCUUCACAGCUGUGUAAGUUACCCAUGCCUUGGGCACUAAUACACCCCCAUACCAUCACAGAUGCUGGCUUUUCAACUUUGCGCCUAUAACAAUCCGGAUGAUUAAUUUCCUCUUUGGUCCGGAAGACACGACGUCCACAGUUUCUAAAAACAAUUUGAAAUGUGGACUCGUCAGACCACAGAACACUUUUCCACUUUGUAUCAGUCCAUCUUAGUUGAGCUCGGGCCAAGUGAAGCGUUUCUGGGUGUUGUUGAUAAAUGGCUUUUGGAAUGUGGACUCGUCAUCCUUGUUUGUGAAUGACUGAGCAUUUCAUGGAAGCUGCUUUUAUACCCAAUCAUGGCACCCACCUGUUCCCAAUCAGCCUGUUCACCUGUGGGAUGUUCCAAAUAAGUGUUUGAUGAGCAUUCCUAAACUUUCUCAGUCUUUUUUGGCCACUUGUGCCAGCUUUUUUUGAAACAUGUUGCAGGCAUCAAAUUCCAAAUGAGCCAAUAUUUGCAAAAAAAAUAACAACGUUUCUCAUUUCGAACGUUAAAUAUCUUGCCUUUGCAGUCUAUUCAAUUGAAUAUAAGUUGAAAAGGAUUUGAAAAAUCAUUGUAUUUUGUUUUUAUUUACCAUUUACACAACGUGCCAACGUCACUGGUUUUGGGUUUUGUAAAAUACAAUGAAGCCAUGACAAAUUACGCAUCUUAUAACCUCUGAUGGACUGAAUUAAAGCCAGCUGUUCAGUCAUAUGCAUGUGAACUGCAGGUGUCCUCGGUGUUUGUGCAAUGAUUUUGCUGUAAGGUUCUAGUGUAUUUACUUGUGCUACCCAAUUGCCACACUUAAUCAUUUAUGGAUAUUAACAGGAAAACAUGAAUAGGUGUAAGAUAUGUUUUUUCCUACAUUGACUUACAUUAAACACAUUUUGAC